UCUGGGGCUAGUCGGCGAGCGGCGGGGAGCGGUGAAGGAGGGCGCUCGCGGCGGGUGUUGCAGCUGCCGUCCGCUUCUCCCGCGGCGCGGAAGACCGAGCAGGGCCACCCGCCUCCCGUUCCAUGAGGCCCGAGUGAGCGCGCGGCCCGUGGCGCCUCCCCGCGUCCUCCCCCCAGCGCAGAGCUGCGCGGCGCCGCGGCUCCGGAGAAGCAGGCGGAGCAUGUCGGACGGUUUCGAUCGGGCCCCAGAACAAGAGAAAGCCCAGGACAGUAUUUCCCAGCAGAACUCAGAGUCGGCGAUGGCUAAACCCCAGGUGGUGGUGGCUCCUGUAUUAAUGUCCAAGCUGUCUGUGAACGCCCCUGAAUUUUACCCUUCAGGUUAUUCUAAUUACACAGACUCCUAUGAGGAUGGUUGUGAGGAUUACCCCACUCUAUCAGAAUACGUUCAGGAUUUUUUGAAUCAUCUUACAGAGCAGCCUGGCAGUUUUGAAACCGACAUUGAACAGUUCACAGAGACCCUGAACAGCUGGGUUACAACUGACGAUGCUUUGCAAGAACUUGUGGAACUGAUCUAUCAACAGGCUACAUCUAUUCCAAAUUUCUCCUACAUGGGAGCUCGCCUGUGCAAUUACCUGACGCAUCAUCUGACAAUUAGCUCACAGAGUGGCACCUUCCGCCAACUGCUGCUUCGAAGAUGUCGGACUGAAUAUGAACUUAAAGAUCAAGCUGCAAAGGGGGAUGAAGCAACUCGAAAACGAUUCCAUGCAUUUGUGCUCUUUCUGGGAGAACUUUAUCUUAACCUGGAGAUCAAAGGAACGAAUGGACAGGUUACAAGAGCAGAUAUUCUUCAGGUUGGUCUGCGGGAGCUACUGAAUGCCCUCUUUUCUAACCCUGUGGAUGAUAACUUAAUUUGUGCAGUAAAAUUACUGAAGUUGACAGGGUCAGUUUUGGAAGACGCCUGGAAGGACAAAGGAAAAAUUGACAUGGUAGAAAUUAUUCAGAGGAUCGAGAACGUUGUCCUGGACGCGCACUGCAGCAGAGAUGUAAAACAGAUGCUCUUGAAGCUCGUAGAACUCCGAUCAAGUAACUGGGGUAGAGUCCAUGUAACCUCGACAUACAGAGAAGCAACACCUGAAAAUGAUCCUAACUACUUUAUGAAUGAGCCAACAUUUUAUACGCCUGAUGGUGUUCCUUUCACCGCAGCUGAUCCAGAUUACCAAGAGAAAUAUCAAGAGUUACUUGAAAGAGAAGACUUUUUUCCAGAUUAUGAAGAAAAUGGAACAGAUUUAUCAGGGGCUAGUGAUCCGUACUUGGAUGAUAUCGAUGAUGAGAUGGACCCAGAGAUAGAAGAAGCUUAUGAAAAGUUUUGUUUGGAAUCAGAGUGUAAGCGAAAACAGUAAAGUUAAAGUUCAGUGUAUCAGUUUUAUAAACCAGUGUAGGUUAAGGUGAUUUAGCAGAACACAGGACAGAAAGAAAAUUGUGUCACUUAUACCAAAUUAAGGAUUUUAAGUUACGUUACUAAUGUAUGCAACUUUAAUUUUGUUUAACACUAUCUGCCAAAAUAAACUUUAUUCCCUAUAACUUAAAAUGUGUAUAUAUAUAAAAUAGUUUAUUAUGUACAGUUAAUUCCACUGUUUUGGCUGCAAUAAAAUCGAUUUUGAAAUAAAUAAAAUGUUGAAAGUAAAUUUUGCUAGCUGGUUAGAAGCUUAUCCUAUAAAUUCAGCUUUUCUUGAGGGAAAAAGUCUUAGUCUGGAAAUACAUGUUACUGCAAAAAUGUAGCAUCCUUCUUUUUGGUUAAAUUUGUACCUUCCAUUAGCUUUACAUUUAGUGUCUCAGUGAACUGGGUUUCAAAUAUGAAUCAAUCAUAAAAAUCUCUGGCACUAAAGUCUUAGAAUAUAUCAUUAAGUGAUUUAUAUACCCAGAUGUUAUUUGAUACCAAGGGCUUUUAAAAUGUCAUAAAAAAAGAGAACUCCCAACUAAACAACCAGGAUUCUUCACUGAGGAUUUAUUGCAAUUCUAAAUUGCUCAAUUGUUUUCACCCAACUUCAUUACUCAGAAGCCUAGGACAUUAUUCUGCUUUAUUUAUAAGGCUUUCUCAUUUUUAUUUAGUAGCAUGAGUUGCAUUGACUUUUUUACUAGAGAAUUUUGCUAGAUCUUUGUCACUCGGUUUUCAUCUCCUUUAUAAUUGAUACACCUUGAGGAUCACUUUUCUAAUACUUUUGCUAUAAUGUGGUACCACCUUAGUCCUAUUUUUACCUAAUGUCAGAAAUCUUUUCCAACUAACUACAAGUAAAACUUAUGUACAAAAGGAUUGCUUGUAAAUAUGCAUGUAAAUAGUUCUGUUAAUAACCCCCCUGUUUUACAUUUGGUACACCUGUGUCUGCUACUACAGUUGGCUUUCUCACUUUUCUGCUUGUUUGUUCAGUCUGGAUUAAAAUUAGACUUUGAAAAUAAAUUUGAAAUGUUUUUGUUUUCUCUAA